GCAGCUGUUUCGCAGCCUCAGACCGCACUCAGCAGCUGUGCCACCAAACAGAUUCCAGCGUUGGCUUCCCGCCGUGCUUUUUGAGACCUUCUUUUCUUCUCUCACUUAAUGGUAUUGUUUUGGCGCUAGGAUACGACCUGCGAGCCUCUGCUCUAGAAACGACUGGCGGGGAGGAGCCUGCGGUUGGCGAGCGAGCCAUCGAACGAUCGAGCGGGCAAGAGGAGAGCUUCAUCCGGCCUCCACGCCAGCUCACCUCAGCGGCAAGCACAACUGUCGACGCCGCCAGGAUGAAUCCCGCCACCCCAAUGCGCCAGGUCCCUGGCGCAUACUUCAACACCCCCGCGCCCGGAGGCAAUACUGGCGCUCGCCAUCGAGUGAACUUCAACGACCAAGCGGGCUUCGGCGCACUGCCCGUCAAGGCGAGCCUCAGUGGACCUCUCGACGCCAUGGCCCAAGGCCCUCUAGCUACUGAUCCUACCCAAGGCGGGCCGCUGCCGACGCCAUCUCAGGUCCGCGACGAGGUACCUCCGAUCACAAAAGCUGCGCAGUCAAUCAACCAGACUUUGCAGCUUGAGGAGAGCUUUCCCGAUCUUGAUUCCUAUUGCAGACUUGGCGCAUCAUCCGACUAUGAUAUGCAGUAUGCCGACUCAGCUUGGGCGCCAUUUCAGAGGGUUCAGAUGUAUCAGAUCCCCGACGAAAUAUUCACGCGGCUCGAGAAGGGCGAGGUCCACACGCGCCUGGGACUGUUCGCGGAGAUUGGCUACGCAUGGGCCGCCAUCGACAGCUCCCUUUUCCUCUGGGACUAUUCACACCCCAAUCCAGAGCUCAUUGGCUUCGAGGAUGCUGUGCACACUAUCACGGCCGUUGCCAUUGUUCCCCCAAAGGCCGGAGUGUUUGUCAAGACCAUUACACAUAUCCUUGUCGUUGCCACGACUUCCGAGAUCAUCCUCCUCGGUCUCUCGGCGACGCCUACCCCAUCUGGCUCGAGGGCUGUCACGCUGUACCAGACAAAAAUGGCUGUUCACCGCGGCGGGAGCGAUGUCGGUGUCAUCGUAGGCACAGCCUCGGGUCGCAUCUUCUUCGGUGGGGACACCGAUACCGAUAUAUACGAGCUCUUCUACCAGCAGGAGGAACGGUGGUUUUCGAGCAGAUGUGGAAAGGUUAAUCACACGCACCCCGGAUGGUCCUCGGUCGUCCCUAAUCUACCAGGCCCCUUCGGCCAACGGGCACACGAGCAUCUUACCAGCCUCGUCGUUGACGACACCCGGAACCUUCUCUACUCGCUAUCCAACAAGUCCACAAUUCGGACAUACCAUAUGGAGUCGCCCGAAAAGCUGUUCAAGGUCAUCGAAAAGGACAAGAACAGCUGUCUUCGCGACAUCACCCACAUGAUGAACAAAUCUCCUUUGCUGAACGAUCGCAUUGAUAUCGUUGCACUAAGCCCGAUUGCCGCCACAGAGGCUUCCAAGCUGCAUCUCAUGGCCCUCACAAACUCGGGUUGCCGCUUGUUUCUUAGCGCUACCAGCCCUUCGUCGUACAUGAUGGGCGCUACAACAAAUCUUGCACCACAGAGCAUGCAAGUUCAGUUUGUCAAGUUUCCACCCAAGGAGCAGCAACCGAACCAGCCUAGGGGGCCGGCCGGCCAGCCUGCCGAAUUGGAUGUCAGCUCGCGACAUCUUGAACUCAGCACUUUCGGCCUUCGAUUUGCCCCGGGUUAUUUCUUUGAUAGCGUCCGGAAAGUCGCGAGUGGGGAUAUACUCUUCGUGUCGACUCCAGACACUGGCAGGAUCAAGGCCACUGCGCCCGCAUCUGCGUUGAGUUACUUCGAGCAAGGAAACUGGAUUGAGCUACCGAAAAACAGCAAGACACUGGACAUUGGCAUGGUAACGAAGCCAUUUGGCGCCGCCAAACAGCCACUUGGCUUUGGCAAUGAGCUUGCUGUUCAGUUCGAUCAGGUCCCCGGCGAAUUUGCCGUACUCACUAACACUGGAGUGCAAAUCAUUCGCCGGAGAAGGCUGGUCGACAUUUUUGCUACUGCCAUUCGGGGCGCUGCAGGAGACGAGGGUCUAGAGAAGGAGAUGCGAAAAUUUAUCAGCCAAUACGGCCGGGUCGAAACCAUAGCCGCGGCCUUGGCAGUCGCAUGUGGUCAGGGGAGCGAUCUUCGAACCGGUACCAGCAAGGUGUUGGACCAGGCAACCGAGGAUCGUGCGCGGUCUGCCUUUGUCGACUUUGGUGGCCAGCCAAGACUUGCAGAAACUGACGGAAAUACCAUCACGGCCGACUCUGUUCGGCUCUCGUCUCGGCAUGACGCGCUGGCUCUGUACCUGACACGGCUUAUCCGGAUGCUAUGGAAGUCCAAGGUCGUUGAGGCCAAGAUUGACAAGGACAAGGGGGCUCUGACCGUCACUUCAAACAUCCCAAGCACAAAGCUUGUGACAGUUCAGGAAAACGUGGAGCGGCUGCGCAAGUUCCUCGAGACGAAUAAGGGCAUAAUACAAGGCCUCGCUGGUCCCACGGAGCGUAUCGCCAGUAGGCAGGACGAGAUUGCACUCCAGAAGGAGCACCAGGCCCUCCAUAGUUUGCGGAAGCUGAUGGAGAGCGUUUCGGAGGGUAUUUCGUUCGUUUUGAUGCUUUUUGACGAGCGAGUCACCGAUAUUUACACCCGCCUAGACGACACGACUCAAAGACAACUUCAAGAUUUGACCUUCGAGAGCCUCUUCUCCCAGGGUCCUGGGAAGGAGCUGGCAAAAGUCCUAGUCAAGGCCAUCGUUAACCGCAAUAUUGCUAGCGGCGCAAAUGUUGAGACAGUGGCAGACGCGCUGCGAAGAAGAUGCGGCAGUUUCUGCUCUCCUGAUGAUGUCGUCGUCUUCAAGGCCCAGGAACAACUGCAGCGGGCUAGUGAGCAGGUACAUAAUCCCAACGCUCUUCGGACACUGUUGGCUGAGAGUCUACGGCUGUUCGAGAAGGUUGCCGGCAGCCUCACGUCGGCAAACCUGCGACUCGCCGUGGAGCAGUACAUCGAGUUGAAGUACUACGCUGGUGCAAUCACGUUGUGCUUGGCCGUGGCAAGGGAGAAGGACCGCGGCAAUACGGCCCUUUCCUGGGUAAACGACAGCAAGCCGGCAAACGAUUCGCGGAAGAAGGCAUUUGAUCAGCGCAAGAUUUGUUACGCUCUUAUCCACGAGACGCUAGACCGCCUCGAGGCUGUUUCUGCGGUCGAACCCGAAUUAGUAGACGGCAAGCUCACCCUGACGGCCACGAAACGGAUAGAGGCAUAUGCCGUUGUCAACAACUCUACUGACGAAGUCUUCCACUUUGACCUCUAUGACUGGUACAUUGGAAAAGAAUGGACUGAUCGGAUUUUGUCAAUUGACUCGCCGCACGUCAUCACUUACUUGAAGCGCCUCGCAGAGACCGACGCCAAACACGCUGAUCUUCUCUGCCGAUUUUACACCCACCGGAGUCGCUUCUUUGAGGCCGCCAAGGUCCAGGCGGAUCUCGCAAAGUCCGAACUUCCCAUUGGCAUCAAGGAUCGUAUCACGCUUCUCAGCCGAGCCAAAGGCAACGCCAGUGUUAACACCGUUGGCAUCAGCCGCCAGGACCAACAGUUCCUCAACCACGAGGUCACGGAGCUUCUCGAGAUUGCGCAUAUUCAGGACGACUUACUUGAGCGGUUGAAAGCAGACCCCCGCAUGCACGCGGAGAAGAUAUACGAGAUCGAGCAAGCCCUGGACGGACCAAUCCAGGGUCUAAGCACUCUUUAUAACGAGUACGCUGAUCAAGCAGGCUACUUUGACCUGUGUCUCCUCAUCUAUCACGCGGCGGACUACCAGAAUCCCCGGUCCAUCAUCGACACGUGGAGUAGCCUCAUAAGCGAGACUCAUCAUGACAUUGAGCAACGCGAGCAGGAGUGGCAGGCUGUUCGUUCAGGUGCUGUUAGACCUGGCAUCGACGCACCCCCCGUCAGCCAACCACCGAAGCCUUACGAGGUUGUUAUAUCACACAUUCGGGACAUUGCCCACCGCACAUCGCUCGACAGCCUCAUCUUUCCAGCUGACGUGCUGCUUCCCCUAGUUUGCACAUACGCCAUCGAGAAUGGCCAAGAUGCCUCGGUUGGUGCCGAACCGUGCUGGCCUGUUCUUAUCUUCUUGCAGUUGGGGGUACCCCACCCCUUGAUCCUGCGUGUGCUGGAGAGCAUUUUCGACGGCCAAGAGGCUCCGUUCACAGGAAAGCGGCGGAAAAUCGUCGUUCAGUGGAUCAACGCGGCUGUCGAUUCGUGGGUGCGCGAGGUCGAGCGCCGUGGCACCGCAGGUAGGGGCGGCGACAGUACCAUUGGCGGCUGGGUCGGCGAUCUGCUGACACGCAUGGAUGAGUUCUUGGCUCAACUCUCGGCGGGCGCAAGAGCUCCCGCCGACGCUUCAGAUUUGAUUGAUGCUCAACGAGUGACCAGGGCACUGAAGGCCUCGGUGGACAACAUCAUUGGCGCCGAGCGACAGGGGAGCUUGCUCUACCGGUAAUCGCUUUUGAGAGUUUUUUUUGUCUCUUUUGGCAGGGGCGGAUAGGUGGAUGGACAGCCACUAACAGUUGGGUAUUACAUUCGCCUUGGGAAGGAUUAUACGAUGGAGAGGGCAGCAAGAUUCGGGAGGAUUGCGCGUGUUGGGAAGUCGUGGUCUCUUCCUUUCUCGAGAGAUAACGUGUACAUAUUUAUUUUUAUGGCCCCGCUGCCGGGCGCGUGUCAGAUCUAAAUCAGGAUUGUUGUUAAAAAGCAUAAAACUACUAGGUACCUGUACCGGCAUAUCUACCGUUUCUUGUGGUGAUUCUUAGUGCUGGUGUGGUGUUGGCGUGGUUUGGUGUUGGCGUGGUUUGUUGGUGCUGGCGUGGUUUGUUGGUGUUGGCGUGGUUUGUUGAUGUUAGCGUGGUUUGUUGAUGUUGUUUGGGG